CGGAGUCCGGAGAAGAUGGCGGCGGCCGCUGGCUGGGCCCGCCUGGGCCUGGUGCUGCUGGUGCUGGCCGCGGCCGCCGGGGGUGGCGAGCCCGAGGGGAAGCGGCGGGCCCAGCCCGCCAAGAAGAAGAAGGACAUUCGGGAUUAUAACGAUGCGGACAUGGCGCGGCUGCUGGAGCAGUGGGAGAAAGAUGAUGACAUAGAAGAGGGAGAUCUUCCUGAACACAAAAGGCCAUCAGCACCAAUAGACUUCUCCGAAAUUGAUCCAAGCAAGCCUGAGAGUAUCCUGAAAAUGACAAAAAAAGGGAAGACUCUUAUGAUGUUCGUCACAGUGUCAGGAAAUCCCACUGAAAAGGAGACUGAGGAAAUUACCAGCCUGUGGCAAGGCAGUCUCUUCAAUGCAAACUAUGAUGUACAAAGGUUUAUUGUUGGCUCAAAUCGUGCCAUCUAUAUGCUACGUGAUGGGAGCUAUGCGUGGGAGAUCAAAGACUUUCUGGUAAAUCAGGAGAGAUGUGCAGAUGUAACUCUAGAAGGUCAGGUGUACCCUGGCAAAGGAGCAGAAGAAAGUGAAAAAGUAAAAAAUAAAACCAAACCAGAGAAAACUAAAAAGAAAAAAGAUGCAGAGAAGAAAUCGAAACCCCUCAAAGAAGACAACCGAGCUACCAAACAGAGAGAAGAUCUAUGAUAAACAAAUUAACCAGACUGAAUAUAGUAAAUAGAAAAUCAACACUUUUGUUGUUCACAGAGGAAACCAACUGUCUCUAAGUUUUGCAGCCUUACCCAUACAAUUUCUGGCUAUUUAGGGGGGUGGGGGUGGGAAUAAGAAGACAAGGGAUUACUGGGUUUAAGAGAGCAUAUGUUUAAAUGCACCAAUUCACUUAUUAAUGUUGGGCAUUUACUUAAUAACAGCAAAGUUAACAUUUAAUAUCUUGGGGUUACCUGCUUUAGAUAGCAACUUUCUUAUGUUUUACUCAAUUGGUUUAAGGUUAAAAUAGGCACCAAUGCAUCUGAUGUUAUGGACUUUGUUCAUAUGACAAGAAAGGAAAAAGAAUUGUGAUCCUUAGAGUGCACCAAAGUUAAUAUGUAGUAGUAGUUGGCCAUUGUGGUUAGGUAAGUCAAUUAUGUCAAUGAUUUACAGUCAUUGCUAUGUAAUAGACUAAACUGGCACUGUAUGUUCCUGGCAGCCGUUAUACAGACUGCUCAGGGAGUAAUAGUCUCUAUGAUUUUAAUGGAUUGUACUCUGAUUUUAGGCAGAGUAUACCCUCAGAGUACCACAGCUGGCUUUGAAAUAGAUGCUUGGAUCCAUAAUAUAAGAUAGAUAAAUACAAAAACUGUUUUGUUUGUACUCUGAAUUGGCAAAAGCAAGGAGAUUCUCAGGACCCGAUUCUCUAGUCAUCUGUAUCUGCGAAAAUGAGGCAUAACCCUAUAGACAUCAAUGGAGUUACAAUGCCAGUCUGAAAAUGGUCUAAGUGAAAGAAGAAUCAGGCCCAGGGCCAAUCCCCAAAUGUAUUUAGGUGCCUAGCUCCCAUUGAAUUCAAUGGGAGCUAGAUGCCUAAAUACCUUUGAGGAUCUGGGCCUUGGUGUGUAAACUGCCAAUCUAGUUUUUGUUUCAGCAAGCAGAGUUCUUACAGAGUAAAAGACAAGUGAGUUAAAAGAGAAGCAGUCUUAACUCUGAAUUUGUUUUUUAUUGGUUUGAGAGCUUUUAUAACUCUCUAUAUAAAUAUUAAUUGCAGUGUGAAGAAAAUUGAUGUACUACUAGCCAUCUAGGGCCUGACCAUUCUGUCAGUUACAUGCUAACAGCUCCCAUUAAAAGGAGUUAUGGGGAGAAUUUGAUGGUUUCUAAUAAUUAGUUCAGUCUGCUUGAAUACUUCCUCAUUAAAAUAAUUGAAUCAGUCUCCUUUUGCAACAACCAUAAAUACUGGGAAAGUUGAGUGCAGGUGGGGGUGGAGGAUUUAAAUCCUCUUUGAAAGACAAUUUGUUUAAAUAGAAGUUUUUUAUUCUAACUGUGUGCACAUAAAUGUAUGACUUUUGACGUUAUUCCUCAAAUAUGUUGAGGAAUAAAUGCAUAAUGACCCUGAGCACACGUCGAUUUCAGGAUGAGAGGCACAGUGUUAAAUAUCUGUUUGAUAUUACUGAAAUAAAGUUACUUUGAUUUUUAAGGUGCCAAAAUUCAUGUGUUUUUAAUAACUAAAAGGUCUUAACUUGAACCAUAAUGGUUAAUCUUUUUACAUUGAAGUAUUUUGUAAGUGGUUGACUUAGUGAGUGUUUGUUUCAGAAUAAGAAUGUAAUUAAAUUUGUACACAAAUAGAACCUGGUUUAGUUGUUUCAGAAUUCACCUUUUACAAUUGUGGGCAUAUGUUCGUUUCAGUAAAUUUAUCUUUGCGUCACAGGCUCAUCCCUCUCUGGUUUCCAUAAUUACUCACAAGUAAAGACUAAAAUAUUUUGAUGAAAUAUGCAUAUGUUCACUCUUCCCCUUGCAGGUCUUUGUGUGAACUAAAGAUUAGAUUGUAGUGAAUUGCGGUCAGAAAGAUUGCUGUAAAUGUAUAUCUGCCCAGUACUCUUGAGUGAAAAGCUAUAAAGCAUUUGUGUCUUGGGGCUUAAUUAUAUUGCUUUUCUGCGCUACUAUUCAUGGCAAAGAUACAGAGCAGUUCAGACAACUCUGUAGAUAUUUGAUAUUCAGAAUGUUUUCUGCUCUUGUAAACACAUGUUGUCUCAUCUAUCAUUGAUCUGUUGCUUGCCCGUACUCAUUCUGCAUUGCCUUUAUUUGGAGUAUUUUGUCAUUUUUCAGGAAGAAAUCACAAGCAAACUCAAACUGUAAGAUCCAAUGUUUCUUAGUAUAUAAAAACAAGUUAUAAUUUACCUUGUAAAUUAUAGAAUACUCUUAACACAGGCUUUGAAUCCUUUAGAAACUAAGGAUAUUUUAGUAUGGAUAUAGAGACUUUUAGCAUGGCUAUUCUAAUCUCUGAGGAGACUACAGAGUGUUUCAAUUGUAUAAUAUAUACCAGAUGCAUGCUAGAACAUUUUAUCCAGUUUGACAAAAACUAUGCAGUAUGAUUCAGUUCAAGCACAAAAAUGUAAACUUUAAAAAUAUUACAGAUACUGUAAAAACAACUAAGUUGUGUGAGGGGAAAAAUAAUUAAAAAUUAAAACUAUUCAGAUACAACUUACAAAUGAAGUUCAAGCCAACAUUUUAACAUUUGGAUGUCUAAAGUUAAAUAUCUAAAUCCAUAUUUAGGUAAAUAACAGUAGCCUGAUUCAGUAGUGCUAAACGCUCAACAGCAGGGGUCUGUCUAAAGUGGGAAAAGGUGUAGUUUUAUUUUAAACCUGAUCUAGCUAACAUAAUUUGAAACAACACUUACUUAGACAUGAGCUGUUAAACUGUCAGCAUUAGGUGCUAAAUAGUGUUUCAAAUCAUGUCAUCGAGCUUGAUUUUUUUAUAUAAUAAAAAGCAUCUUUUUUCCCUAGACAGACUUAAUAGGCAUAUAGCUGACUAUUAAUUAGUUAAUGCUUUUUGAUCCUCAAAUAAUUAGAAAAGUAUAUGGUAUUACAUUCACCCAGAUCUUAUACUCCAUUUUUCUUAACUCUCUCCUACCCACACAUUCCAAGGCCAACAGGUAGUGUUAUGCCUAUUAAUUAAUGCCAUGAUCCCGUUGAAAGCACAGGAAAUUGUCACUUUGUUUUAUUCUCUUGACUGUUCCUUUUGCAGUUGUUAGGAUACUAACUAGUAUCUCCAAAACCAAGGUAUAGGGAUCGGAAAGGAAGAGGAGAGAGCUGAGUACUUUUAGUUUUGAACGCUGUCCUGCCAGACUGCGGGAGUCCUGCGUUCUGGAUGUCCAUUUUCUUUAAUUCCAUUGUAAGUUGUUGCACGCAGUUCACCUGUGUUUUUUUCUUUCAAUGACACUUUUUUUUGCAUCUGAUGUGACCUUGGGACAAUGAGCAGAAUAUGUGUAAUGAAGGGACAAUUUACAACAGUGGCUGAAUAUCCUCAGUGAAGAUGCUGUAGAGCAGUGAACUAAGCAGGAAUCGAAGCCAGCUGGUGGAUCCCAACAUGCAACUCUGCAUUUGAUAUGCUGCUUUUAAGCUUAAAUGGAUGUCUGAGACAAGGUUGGCAGGUUUUGGCUACCAGCACAGUUUGUCUGGAAAUAUUCCCUGUACAGCCAAGCGGUGAUGUAAUAUGUAUGUCAGUGAUCCACUUUAGAGAGAACUCUGUAGCCUGAUUUCCCCCCCCCCAUUGUCUUGUUUACAGAGUUGCAUGAAAACCAAAUCUGUGCUUUCAUUAAAGCUAAAUUGUUGCCUGCCUGCCUUUGCAGCAGAUGUGCUGUAGCAGCGACACUGCAAAAAGUUUUCAUCAAAAAUCUAACAUGCUAGUAUAAAUUAUUUCUGUGGAUUGCAAGUUUUACAAAAGCUAAAUGUCAUGCCUAAGUUAGCCAAAUUUGGGGUUAUACAACAUAAAGGUUUGUUACAGAACCUUUACAGGCAAACUAUAUUGAUAGUUCUAAUUCUAUUGUCACCACUUACAUCUCUGAUAAAUAUAGACAUGAAUUUUUACAGUACUUUGUAGAAACAUUAUAACUGUUUUAUGUAUUUCAGUGAGUAUCAUCAUUAUUCUGAAACUUCCUGAUUAGAAGUCCAGUACAAUGAUGCAACUUCCAUUGACAGAGGACUUGAUCUUGUUUCCAUUGGUUUCAAUGGGAGCUUUGUCACGGACUUCAAUUGGAGCAGGAUUGGGGCCCCUCGCCUCACACAAAAGAAAUGCUGAAUGCAGCAGCUGAAUUGAAUGCUCGGGGCUUAACUUCUAGAGAAAGACUUCAGGAUAAUGCUGAAACACCAUUGCCUACGGAGAAGUAGGUGGUGGUAGUGUUUACACAAAUAAUAUUUUCAGGGCAGCAUUUGUUGAAAAAUCAUUAUCCAAUGUAAUGAAUUGUUUUAAUAAAACCUACUGUAAAACUAC